AUGUCUUCCCUCUCUGUUGAUGCACCUCCUGCCUACUCAGAACGCCGCACUCACCAUGCCUCGACCUCAGCCGGCGCGUCGCUCCAUGCUGAUGGAGUCAGCUGUGAUGGAUGCCACCAGCCAAUCAAGGUGGGCAUUCGGUACAAAUGCCAGAACUGCCCGAACUAUGAUCUCUGUCCGGACUGCUGUGACGUGCCUCCGCGGGACCAUCCUAGUUGGCAUUCGUUCCUGAGGAUUGGGUCCAACUCGCAGGUACCAAUACAUGAGGGCUACCGCUGUGAUGGGUGCAGCCAGAAGCCGAUUCGUGGCAAGCGGUACGUCUGCAAGUCCUGCAAGGACUUUGACUUUUGUGAAGGCUGCAGGAUAAGCCAGCCUUCCCACCACCCCGUGUGGCACAGGUUCAUUUGCAUUGCUUCGCCUGCACUGAACACCUACCACCACCAACAAUUCUGCGACGGAUGUGGCAUGUCACCUAUUCGAGGACCCAGGUAUCGAUGUCAAGACAUUCGGUGUCAUCCUGAUGGUGCUGGUUUUGAUUUGUGCUCAGAUUGUAUGGAAGACGGUACGAAGCAUCCAGGAGACCACCUCAUGCUUCGUAUCACUGGUCACCCCGAGAUACCAACUGUCCCCGUUGUAUGCGACUCUUCUACUGCUCCCGCCUAA